GAUCAAAACCAAAAUAAAAUAAUACAGUUGACAAUCGCAAUGCAUUCAAAAAAUGCCGCGAGAGAUUCAUCUGAUGCCUUGGCGUGUGGUAGGAAUAGCAUUCAAAUGGAAUCAAAUUUCUUCGCAUCGAUCACUACAGGAGAAGAUAAGCCAUUCGAUUUUCUUCGCUCUUUAUACGAGGGUAGUGUAGCUGGAGGUGUGGCAGGUGUCAUUGUAGAAGCAGUCUUAUACCCAAUUGACACAAUAAAAACCAGAUUACAGAUUGCUCAUGGGGGAGGGAGAAUCAUUUUGAAGGACCUAUAUUCUGGAUUGGCUGGAAAUCUUGUUGGUUCCUUACCGGCUUCUGCUAUAUGUGUAGGUGUAUAUGAACCUGCAAAGCAGACCUUAUUAACUUCUUUUCCUGAAAAGCUUAGUGCUUUAGCUCAUUUGACUGCAGGUUUUAUUGGAGGUGCUGCUUCUUCUCUCAUACGUGUGCCAACAGAGGUUGUUAAGCAACGGAUGCAAACUGGGCAGUUUACUUCAGCACCAGCUGCUGUGCGUCUUAUUAUUGCUAGAGAGGGUUUUAAAGGCCUUUAUGCAGGGUAUGGAUCAUUCCUAUUGCGAGAUUUGCCAUUUGAUGCUGUUCAAUUCUGCAUGUAUGAGCAGAUGCGGAUAGGAUAUAAGCUAGCGGCGAGGAGAGAGCCGAAUGAUCUUGAAACUGCCAUUAUUGGCGCUUUUGCCGGUGCAAUAACUGGAGCUAUAACUACUCCUCUUGAUGUUAUCAAAACCAGAUUAAUGGUUCAGGGAUCAGCAAAACAGUAUAAAGGGAUUUGUGAUUGCGUUCGGACUAUAAUGAGAGAGGAAGGAAAUCAUGUGUUUUUCAAGGGUACCGCGCCAAGAGUGCUUUGGAUUGGCAUUGGAGGCUCAAUUUUCUUUGGUGUUCUUGAAAGAACGAAGCAAAUGCUGGCUCAAAGGCGUCCUCCCCUCGAGAAAUCUUCCUCGUUUAAGCAGGACUGAAACUUCAGCUGACCCCAUAUCCAUUUUCUCUUCCUCAACAAUCUCUGUAAUUCUUUUCUGGUAAAAUUUUUGUUUCUUUGUUUGUUUGUGAAACAAAAAGUAGAUGGUGAAGAUCUUUGUUUAAGACAAUCUAGAGAGAGAGAGAGAGAGAGAGAGGUUUACCAAUGAAGGUGAACAUUCCUCUUUAAAGAUUUACACAGUAAUGUCGCUCUUAUGUGUCAUUUUCUU